CAAGUCAGUUUGAAAAGAUCAGACAAAGGCAGCAGGAAGCCCCUCGGCUUGGCAAUGCGUGCGAGCAGAGCGCAAAGACAAACCGAAACCUUUCUCUUUUCGCGAUUGCAUUAGGAAGAGACGUUCGACCCGGCCCGGAUUUUUACCUACAAGCCUAGAACGAGUAUUUUUAAAGAUCUUUUUGAAAAUGUACGACCGUUUGGAUCCCCCGGGUGACCGAGAAGGAUUUGCUGAAGACAAAAUGGGUUGUGCUGUCUGAGCGGUAGCUUGCGUUUCCCCCCUUUGGUUAAGGUUUGCAAUGGAACUAGCUUUUUUGGCUUUUUGUAUUUGAAUCCUACUGCGCAACCCAGACGGAUCACGUGGGUCGCGCGGAGUUGAUCGAUUUACUCAAAUAUAUCAAAAGAUAAACGGAAAGGGUGUAAAAUAUAUUUUUUGCCUGGCCAAUAGACGAUACUUGAAAUAAAAACAACGGCUGGGGUUAACCGCAAUAUUUUUUGUGCGUGUGUAAAAUGGAGACGCACAUUUCGUGUCUCUUCCCGGAAAUUUUAGCCAUGAUUUUCAGUUACUUGGAUGUGAGGGACAAAGGCAGAGUGGCCCAAGUGUGUACAGCUUGGAGGGACGCGUCUUACCACAAGUCGGUCUGGCGAGGGGUGGAAGCCAAGUUACAUCUGAGGAGGGCCAACCCGUCCCUGUUCCCCAGCCUUCAGGCCCGGGGAAUCAGGAGAGUGCAGAUCCUCAGCCUUAGGCGCAGCCUGAGCUACGUGAUACAGGGGAUGCCGAAUAUCGAGAGCCUAAAUCUUAGUGGCUGCUAUAACUUAACGGAUAACGGCCUGGGGCAUGCUUUCGUACAGGAAAUCCCUUCCCUGCGGGUCCUCAACCUCAGCCUCUGUAAGCAGAUCACCGACUCCAGCCUGGGCAGAAUCGCCCAAUACCUGAAAAACUUGGAGGUACUGGAACUUGGUGGGUGCAGCAAUAUCACCAACACGGGUCUGUUACUCAUUGCGUGGGGUUUGCACAGACUGAAGAGUCUCAACCUUCGCAGUUGCCGGCAUGUGUCGGACGUUGGCAUCGGGCAUCUGGCCGGCAUGACCCGGAGCGCGGCCGAGGGUUGUCUCAACUUGGAGUACCUAACCUUACAAGACUGUCAAAAGUUGACGGACCUCUCCCUCAAACACAUCUCAAAAGGCUUGACGAAGCUCAAAGUUCUCAACCUAAGUUUUUGCGGGGGGAUCUCGGACGCCGGCAUGAUUCAUUUGUCCCACAUGACCAGUCUUUGGAGCCUUAACCUUCGGUCUUGUGACAACAUCAGCGAUACGGGCAUCAUGCAUCUGGCUAUGGGAACUCUGAGAUUGUCGGGACUGGACGUAUCAUUUUGCGACAAGAUUGGUGACCAAAGCCUGGCGUACAUAGCCCAGGGUCUCUACCAGUUGAAAUCGUUGUCCCUGUGCUCUUGCCACAUAAGUGACGAUGGCAUCAACAGGAUGGUGCGCCAAAUGCACGAGCUCAGGACCCUGAACAUUGGCCAGUGCGUGCGGAUUACAGACAAAGGACUUGAGCUCAUUGCAGACCACUUGACACAGUUGACUGGAAUCGAUCUUUAUGGAUGUACAAAAAUCACUAAACGGGGACUGGAGAGGAUAACGCAGCUUCCCUGCCUUAAAGUUUUAAACCUGGGACUGUGGCAGAUGACCGAAAGUGAGAAAGUGAGGUGAAACUUGUGAGAUAUAGAGGGAGACAGAGGGGAGGGAGGAAAGGGGGAGGGGUGAGUGGGCGGGGGAAUUUUCAUAAUUAAAAAAAAAAUGUUUGCUGAACUUCAUAGUUAAAUAUUUUUCAAUUUAAUGCACAAUAAAACUGUGACUUAAAUUCCGUUAGACACAAUAAACAAUAAUUAUUAAAUAUAUAAUUUCUAAACUAUUCUGUCCCAUGAGACAUUGUUUCUCAACUUUUAAAUUCUUUUAAAAAGUCGCAAAUGUUAUGUUUACUUGAUGCUCCCCCAGCAUCUCGUCUAAAAUAUCUUGGCUACCUCGUUAAUUCAUUUUUAAAAAUCUGUAUUCUUUAGAAGAAAUAAAUGGGAGACAAAUUGUGCCUAGGAAAAUAUCCCCUCCCCCACUGCCUCUUUCUAUAGAGAACGGGGAAAAGAAUGGGUUUUUAACUAUCUUUGUUAAAUUUCCUCCACAUUCUUAUCAGUUAUAGAAACGUAAGUGUUUCAAACCCAGUGUUCUUAGUUCGGAUUAAACCAAGUUUAUGCAAAGACGGACAAAAUACAGAAUUGGGGGGAAAUACAAAAUACGUUUUUUGUUUUGUUUUAGCGCAACUUACGGGCCUCAAAGCCCGGGGUUCAAGCUUUGAGUAAGGCGUCCUUCAGCUGGUGUAUUUAUGCUUAUGUAAGCAGAUUUGAAAAUUAAUAGCUGUAAUUCAGAGCGUCGUACUUCAAAUUGAAGUGAUUUCCUUUUUAACAGAUAGGCUACCCCGUUUCAAAUGUUUCUCGCUCAAGACUAAUUCCGCUGUAUCAAACAUUCUGAUUUGCUUCCUUCUUACGAUAAGCAAAUUCAUUCAUUGGCGGAAUAUCUGAGUUUGGGGGGAAAAAAUCAACAUUUAAAAUAAAGGAGGAUGCAAAAAAAGAUUGAUUUUUUUUCGUGGGUAACAAGCGAAUGCGUGUCAGGCCUGUGUAACAUGAUGUAUCGACCUGCAACAUCUAUCGAGUCCUGCUGAAAAGCUACUGUGUUCAAAUGUACUGUGUGUGUAUUUGUAAGAAAAAAAAAUCCAAAUUAAAUUGUUUUAUAUUCUUACGGUAAACAUGAAA